UCUUUUUAAGUAAAUAUUUUAGGAAAGAAUAGCUUAGGUACCUUAGAAGUUCAAAGUCUUAGAAAUCGACAUUAACACAGCUUUCAUAUGGUUGAAUUUGUUCUACAUCCACUUAUGCAAGUAAAAAGAAAAAAAAAUUCCCCUAUUAAAAUGAUAACAUUUUGUUACAAGGACCCAAAGGAACACACUUGAUUGACUAGCUUAAUCAGUGGGCAGUAAGUUCUCGCGAGACUGCCCCUGAGAUUACCGGUUGCCAUGGUAGCGCCAGCCCUAGAGGAAAAGGGGUGGGUUUAGAGGUUGGUUGCUGCUGGUCCUGGUUUCCGUGGAGAGCGAGGAACUCGUCUCCUGCGGGUCUGACUACUACAACAAUGAGCGGCCUGGACGGGGGCAACAAACGUCCUCCCUCUGAAACCGCCCCUCCUCAGCACGCCCUAGAAGAUCUGGACCUAAACCAGGGCCCAGGCGAAGCGGCGGAGGCUGCGCCGGCCAUGGCGGACGCAGGUGAGGGCCGCGGGCAGGCCGCCGAGGGAGGCGCGCCCGGGGGGGCGGCGGGCGGCGGGCCCGCGCUCUGCGCUCGAGGGCCCGGGAGCCCCAUCCUGGCGGCCGGCCGGCCUGGCCUGGAGGAUUCUCUGCCUCCUCCUGCGGGCGCGGAGGCAAGCUCGGACUCUGUGGCAAAUGGCGCCCGCCAGAAAGAUGGCUGUCGGCUUAGAGAGCAGCACGGUCCCGCAGCACAGGAGGCUCCAGAAGCCGGUGGCACAGGGACUUCGGGGGCGCAGGUGAUGCCUGGAGCAAAGGCUAAGGACAUGGCCACCAAGAAGUGCGCCAUCUCAGCAUCUUCGGAAAUGCAGGGAAAAGCCGAGCCGGUGAUGGACGAAAAGAAGGUAGUCCAGACGGAAAAACAGAUGGUUGAAGGAGGAAAAGAAGAGACAAGGCCUAGGGCCCAGAAGAUCAAUACCUGCAUGGAUUCACUGGAGGCCAUCGAUCAGGAGCUGUCGAAUGUAAACGCCCAGGCUGACAGGGCCUUUCUCCAGCUAGAGCGCAAGUUUGGCCGAAUGCGGAGGCUCCAUAUGCAGCGCAGGAGCUUCAUUAUCCAGAAUAUCCCAGGUUUCUGGGUUACAGCCUUUCGGAACCACCCCCAGCUGUCUCCAAUGAUCAGUGGCCAAGACGAAGAUAUGAUGAGGUACAUGAUCAACUUGGAGGUGGAGGAGCUUAAACAUCCUAGAGCAGGUUGCAAAUUCAAGUUCAUUUUUCGGAACAACCCCUACUUCCGAAAUGAGGGGUUAGUCAAGGAGUACGAGCGCAGAUCCUCUGGCCGAGUGGUGUCUCUUUCCACACCAAUCCGCUGGCACCGAGGCCAAGACCCCCAGGCCCAUAUCCACCGGAACCGGGAAGGGAACACAAUCUCCAGUUUCUUCAACUGGUUCUCAGACCACAGCCUCUUAGAAUUGGACAGAAUUGCUGAGAUUAUCAAAGGGGAACUGUGGUCCAAUCCUCUACAGUACUACCUGAUGGGUGAAGGCCCCCGCGGAGGAAUUCGAGGCGCACCAAGGCACCCUGUGGAGACCCCUAGGUCCUUCAGAUUCCAGUCUGGCUAAUUUAUGUCCUAUGAGAAGCUCCUGCACAAAUUGUCUUACCAGCCUCUAUGCUUGGCCAGAAGCAUGCAGUCUUGACUAUGUCCUUGAUUAUUUUGGUGUUUGGUUCUCCUAAAUCUUCAACAGUGGCAGUUGUUGCUUACCUACCUGCUGUCCUGCAGUGUGUUAACAUGUCCCAAGUGUAUGGCCUGCUGUUUCUGUGCCAAGCUCAUACUGCCUUCCUUUGCAUGGCUUGGGUGCUGCGACCACAGUCCUGAGUGUUUUAAGAGGUUUUCUGUCACAAGAAAGUUCGAUACAUCUUUGCAAAUAACUAGGUAGGCUUCCUAAUUUAUGCUGGUUGUGCUCCAAGCCAUGUACUGUGACAUAAUCUUGAGUUUCACCAUUGCAAGAUGAAACUGAUAUCCUGUCCUGGCUGCCAUCAACCUAACCUAAACUGAACAUUCCAGCUACCAUUAUCUGGAUCCCAGACAUGCCCCUAGACCUUUGCUGUCCACCCUGCUGGUUAUGUAAUAGAACAAGCAGGUGGCUGGUGGGUGACUACUAGGCAUUGGUGAUGUAAUAGGUGAAGAAUGUUUUAUAUUUGUUGUCUUUCCCUUUAGUUACUGUACCUCCUGAUCAGCUUCUGGUAUGUAUGAAGGCCUGUGCUCUAGCUCAUACCUACUUUUCUCUUUGGUGAAGUUUGUAGAGGUUACCAUUGUCUGUCUUCCUAGGAACCUACCUCCACCUCAUGAUUACCCAUCAACCCAAGUGGUAGUGAAAUCAAGGCAAGGCCGGGUUCCUUCCAGCAGUUAAGACUUUUUGAGCCCUGGGCUACAAAUGUUUUCUACAGACAACUCCAUACCCCUUCCAUACCCAUGUUGAAUGGGGCAGCUCUCUAGGGCCACAGGGUUUUCAGAACAUGGAUGAAGCUUGUUAUGCCUCUCUCUUUUCCUUCUCUUUUCUCCAUCUCUGUGUGGGAGUUACAGCUUAGGGACAGAAAACAAAAUUGACAGAGCAGGGUUUUUGUUUACUUGCUCUGUCCUUGGAUGUGUCCAGAGAAAGGCACUAUAAAAUAGACUGCAAAUCUGUAAUCUUCAUUUCAGUGUUUCAAAAAAAAUUUUUAAGCAAGGUCCAAAAGUUUCAAAGGGAGAUCUUAAAAUAAUUGUGUUCUUUUAGGAUAACUGACCUUUACCCAUCCCACCACAUCCUUCAUUUCUUGAGCUUUAGUUUGAGAAGUUGGGAGGGGAGAGGGAAGGGUGUCAGUGAUGAGUUCAUUUUAAUUAGUGCCCAUCUAUCCCAAAAGGCUCAGUCUGUGUGGUAUUCUUGGCUUUCAUUUCUCACCUUCUGAAUUUCUUUUCCUGCUUUUGUCCUAACAGGUAAGGGACUAAACUGCAGUCAGUGUGGGGAUAUCACAUGCUUUCUUGCUGAAUAAGGGGAUGUGGAAUCUGUCUGGAUUUCCAGGAGUUCCAUUAGGUCGAAUUGCAGCACUGUCAGGGCUGCCUUAAUUGUGAGCCACUUCCUUGUUUGAAGGUGCUGCCCUAUGGUCCCUGAAGGCUAGAGGAGGUCAACACAACCAGUGGUUGUUAUUUUUUUUUUCAGGGAUCAAACUCAGGACCUGUGCUUUCCAGGCAGGGGCUUAUGCUACUGAGCUAUCUCCCUAGCCCUACACACUACCAGUGGAUGGGGUGCGCUAGUUGUUGGUCCAGAAGUUGAAAUUGAUCAUGAUGUGAAUCAGCUUUGCAAGGCUCUCAUUGAGCACUGAAACCCUGCAAAAUCAGGGAUGGGAAAGAUACCUCUGCGGCACUUUCCAAGUACAGGCUGGUUGCAGAAUCAGUUUUAA